GUUGUUUUUCGUGGAUAUUUGGCUCAAGAAGUUUCUGUCCGUUUCUGUUUGGACGUACAUUCUUGUCCCAUCACACGAAGUUUUUCGCACAUAGAUUUUCCACGCUCUUUCUCUUUUUUGUCUCCUUGGUCAUUUGUCCUUGCCCUCGGAUUCCUCGCUUCUUUGGAUCAUACAUAUGAUCCGGAAGAGAUAUUUAUUUGGAAAGAGGUAUCAAGGUUGCAAGAGCAGCUACAAACUGAGAGGGAUCUUAGGGCUGCCCUGGAGGUUGGGUUAAGCAUGUCUUCUGGGCAGUUUUCUAGUUCUCGAAGCAUGGAUUCUAAGACGAGGGCAGAACUCGAGGAGAUUGCCCUUGCUGAAGCAGAUGUUGCUAGAUUGAAAAAGAAGGUUGCUGAACUGCAUCUGCAGCUUAAUCAACAACGCCAACAUCGUUGUAGCUUUGUUUCUGAUGACAUUGAUCACUACCAAAAUUUUCCGGCCCAUCUUUGUCAACCGAAAGUUGUUCAACAAGACUUCGACACUAGCCUUGCUUUUCUCAGUCAUGAGAAGAAACAGAGAAAUGAGAACCUAUCAGGAUCAGACUGGAGGAGCAUCAUGCCGCCCCAAGCGCUUUCCUUCCCAAGCAACUAUCAUCCAUCUUACAAAAAAUCUUUAGACGGCGCUCCUAGCGAUACGAAAGGAGUAGAAGCAUCCUCAAGCAUGUCCUCAUCUGAGACCAAUCCUCUCAAAUUAGCCGAGGGGCCGGAAUCUCUGAAACACCCAGCGGUCGCAUCCUCGACGUUGAUGGAACUGACCACACGUCUCGACUUUUUCAAAGAACGAAGGUCUCAGCUUUUGGAGCAGCUGCAUAAUCUGGAGCUGAGCCAUGGAAUUUCAUCAUCUCAAGGAUUUGCAUAUAAUCCUUCUUCCCCAUCCUGGAACAGUCCUAGAUGAAGUGAUAUACAUGUAUUGAGAUUGAAGGUUUCUCUUCCUUGUUCCACCAAUUUGCUUGUGUUUUGAAGACUUGUUAGGGCUGUGUCUUAUGUGACCACUUUUAUCAAUGUAAAUUAUGUGUAGCCUUCUUUUUCUUCAUUUUUUUAUUUUAUAUAUUUCCCAGAAUUUAUUGUUUUGUUGUCCUUGAAUAGCACGGUUAUUUUAAGGAUGUUAGUUAUAUGUUCUUUUCUAUAAAA